UAAAUGAGGAGCAGUGGGACAGCACUGCUCAGUUAGUGGAGAGAGGCAGCCAGACGGCAGGAAGGCGCACAGUCAAGGAGCUCUUAGGAGCCAAAACAUUUCUCUGAGCAUUGGGGAUCCCGCCAUUCGACAGCCAGGAUGGCUCGGGAUAUGUCAGACAAGGAAAUCUUGAAAAUGGAACUGGAACAAUUGAAAAAGGAAGUGAGCACACCAAGAACAGCAGUGAGUGCAAAUUGUGCUGACACAAUUGCUUACGUUGAAGGACUCUUGCCAAGCGAUCCGCUGAUUAAGGGAGUUCCAGAUGACAAGAACCCUUACAAGGGAGACAAAGGAGGCUGCACUGUAACAUAGCACACAAUCAUCCAAGGAAGAGAUUCUAUUUCUGUCAGAGAUGGUUUCUGUGUAGUGUUUUUUUGUUUUUCUGAUUUAAAUG